AUGACCACUCAGAGAAAAGAAGAUAAGCUGGCUCAGAAGGAUAUGAGGUUUGAGCUAACUCAGAAGUAUACAACACAGUUCAUAUUUGGCAUGCGGCCAUAUAUUAUCGGUUCAAUGGAUGUCGAAAAUGAUGGUAAUUGUGGUUUUAGAGUUGUGGCAUCGGCUUUGGGAUUUGGUAGAAAACAUUGGCGUAAAGUGCGAAUUGAUUUGCUAAAUGAGCUAAAAGGCACGCCUGAGCUUUACGAAGCUCUUUAUGGAGGACAAAGUGCUGUGGACAAACUUUGUAAACGAAUUAACCAUUCUGCGUCCAAUAUUGCACCUAAACGGAAAUGGAUGGAUCUACCAGACAUGGGGCAUUUGAUUGCAACUUGUUAUGGAGUAGUGGUUGUCAACUUAUCAGAUGGUCAGUGCUUCACAUUUCUCCCAUUACGUGAAUACAGCGAGGGAAAACCAAUGGAAGCAAAUUUACGUGAGAUUGGCCUUGGAUUUGUGAACAACGAUCAUUUUGUUCAGAUAUGUUUAUUGCCUGGGCACCCAUUGCCACCGGUUACACCAAAUUGGAUUUACCAUGCAGAUGAUAAAGCUAAAAGUUUGUACUUGAAAUAUCAAGACCGUUUCCAACAAUAUGAUCAAUUGCCACAUCCUGAAAGAGUGACUAAUAUAUCCUCAGAAACAGUGCAACUUGACGAUGACAAUGAACUUACUGAUGAAAUUGUUCAACUUGGUGAUGCCACUAUAUCUAGCAAAGAAGAAACAAUGCAUCUUGGUGAUGACUGA